AUGGUAAAUCUUUGCAAAGUUGUCGCACUUGCGACCGUCUUUUUCGUGUCCACUGUCGUCUCCCAUGCCGACGUUAAACUGUCGCCUCGGGAGCUUGCGACAGAGGCUGAACGGAUCCAGCAGGUGCGCAGAGGCCUGGAUGUUUGCGCGAAAUCUCUUUGGGAACGCGGUUGGGAUGCGAAAAAUGCUAAACGACGCGCUGCGCGGGCGGCAUCUCUCCGUGCAAAGAGAAACCUUCCGACUUCCCCUUGGAAGAGCACCAAGCGCGAUUUUGCCGACGUCUUGAAAACGAAUCACAAUGACACGUUGAAAUUCCCAGGUGCCAAUCUCGAUUCGCCCAGCUCAGUUUUUUUUGGCGAAGACCCAUCUCAGGCCUGUGUACUGGCGGCAAGCACUGUCCUUGGCCCUUUUUACGUUGAUGGCGAGCUGGUUCGUAACAAUAUCGUGGAUGACCAGCUUGGUGUUCCAUUGUAUCUAGACGUUCGGGUCCUUGACAUUGAAACAUGCGAGCCAAUCCCAGAGAUGUAUACAGACAUCUGGCACACCAACAGCACCGGUGUCUACUCCGGUGUUUCCUCAGCGGAGAACGGCAAUGGAGCGAUUGUUGAUAAUCUCAACACAACUUUCAGUCGUGGCAUCUACCCCACUGAUGGAGAAGGUGUUGUUGAAUAUCAGACAAUUUUUCCCGGUCAUUACUCGGGCCGCGCAAUCCAUAUUCACGUCCUAACUCAUGAGGCUGGUGAAGUCCUGCCCAAUAAGACCUUCAGGAGCACUCGAACUUCGCACAUCGGGCAAAUAUACUUUGACCAAGCCCUCAUCGACGCUGUCGGAGUCACAGAGCCUUAUGCUUCCAACCAUGUCAAAGAGACCUUGAACGCUGACGAUUUCCUCAUGAAGUUCUCCGCAAAUGCAGCCAAGGCUGACCCUGUCGCGCACUACAUUUAUCUGGGCGACCAUGUUAACGACGGGAUAUUUGCCUGGACUACACUUGCUGUCAAUCGUUCCGCUUCCGUGUACAUCCACGCUACAACGCACUGGACGAAGAAUGGAGGUGUUAAUAACACAGAACCUCGUCUGCAGCCCGAUAUGCCCGCCGGUUAUGAAACUGAGACACCCGGGGGAAACAGUAGUACGAACGGUACUGUGAACGGGACUCUCAUCGAAUACCCUUCAAUGUCUCCGGCUGGUUUGAGUCCGUGGCUGUCCCCUAUCAUUGGUUGGGCUGUUGCAGCUGUUGCGAUUUGGGUAUAUUCUGAUUUCACACCAUAUCUCCUCCAACUUGGUUUAACGAAAUCACGAACGUCGCUAGUAUGGAUUGUCGGUCCACUAUCCGGAUUGAUAGUGCAGCCUCUGAUUGGGGUAAUCACUGAUCGCUCGACGUCAAAAUGGGGCCGUAGACGACCGUUCAUGGUCGGUGGCUCGCUUGUCGUUGGAUUUUUUUUGCUGGUUUUAGGUUGGGCACCGAAUUUAGUGGGCAUGUUUAUCUCCGCUGAAGAUACGAGGGAAAGCGUAACGAUUGCAGUAGCAGUGAUUAGUAUAUAUGCUGUCGAUUUUUCAAUUAAUGUUGUUCAAGCGUCUUGUCGUAGUUUAAUCGUCGACACUUUACCUAUUCCCCAACAACAACUUGGGUCUGCAUGGGCAAGCCGGAUGACGGCUGUUGGCCAUCUUUUAGGAUAUGCAGUUUGUUCAGUGGAUAUGCUGGCAAUAUUCGGCCAUACGAUGGGUGAUACGCAGUUUAAGCAAAUUACUGUGAUAGCCGCGGCUUUGUUGAUUUUUGCAGUAUCUGUUACCUCGUAUGCUGUCAAAGAGAGGGUGUUGAUUUCAGUUAGAGAUUCCGACAAGAAAAUAGGGGUAGGAAAGAUGCUAGCCCAAUUUUUCAGAACGACAGUCAACUUGCCACCACGGAUAAGGGCCAUCUGUUGGGCACAAUUCUGGGCUUGGAUUGGGUGGUUUCCGUUUCUCUUCUACAGCACCACAUGGGUAGGGGAGACAUAUUUCCGUUAUGAGGCACCUAAAGAAGCCGUUGAAAAUUCCUCAGAUACGUUAGGAGAUGUUGGCCGCAUCGGCAGCAUGUCCCUUGUAAUAUUCUCCUUGAUCACCUUCAUCAGUUCCGUCCUCCUCCCCUUUGUCGUUCUCUCCCCAGAUACCAAAAGGUCGACUCCUGCCCGCCGCCCACCCCUGGGCAUUAUCAGACUUUUUAACAAAAUCAGCUUUGCCCGUCCCGACCUCCAAACGGCAUGGAUGAUCUCACACAUCGUAUUCUUCAUAACGAUGAUAUUCGCCCCAGCCGCCCGCUCCGUCCAAUCCACCACAUUACUCGUAGCUAUCUGCGGAAUCCCAUGGGCAGUAAGCUGCUGGGCACCUUUUGCAUUCAUGGGCGUGGAAAUAAACCGCCUUACCAUUCCUUCCUUCAGUAGAAAAUCCUCAGUCACCAUGAUAACCUCCGCUACCUUCAAUAGACAGAACUCUGCCCUCAUUAAUUAUGACGCUGAGCUUGAAGAUCGCGAACCCUCCCUCCUCCGCCUAAAUCACAGCUCCAACCCGGAUUUGGACAGUGACAGCGACACAGAUGAUGAUGAGGAGGGUUCUUCUACUGGUGAACUUGCCGGUGUUUAUCUUGGAGUGCUUAAUGUAUUUAGCACGCUUCCACAGUUCGUUGGCACAUUCAUUUCCUGGAUUGUAUUCAGCAUCUUCGAGUCGGGAGCGUCCUCAAUGGCGGCAGAUGGAGCUACAAAACCAGCCACAGGCGAACAGAAUACUAGCGGGUGGAUAAAUCGCAACCAUGAAGGACCCAAUGCGAUUGCGGUGUGUCUGUUUAUUGGUGCUAUAAGCGCACUCGUAGCUGCGGAGGGUACGAGGAGGUUAAAGUAUAUUCGAUGA